GUUUUUACCUUUGAAGACAAUGUUAGGACCAAGAUAUGAUGACCAGGUUGCUGAAGAAAACCGUUUCCACCCAAGUAUGUUGUCCAACUACUUAAAGAGUCUGAAGGUUAAAAUGGGUUUGCUGGUGGACCUGACCAACACCACUAGAUUCUAUGAUAGGAAUGAUAUAGAGAAAGAGGGGAUUAAAUAUAUAAAACUUCCGUGUAAAGGGCAUGGUGAGUGCCCUACACCAGAGAAUACAGAAACGUUUAUCCGUGUAUGUGAACACUUCAGUGAUAAGAAUCCGUCAGAGCUUAUAGGUGUCCAUUGCACACACGGUUUCAAUAGAACUGGAUUUCUGAUCUGUGCCUUUUUGGUGGAGAAGUUGGACUGGAGUGUUGAGGCAGCUGUGGCUACUUUUGCUCAGGCUAGACCACCGGGCAUUUAUAAAGGUGACUAUUUGAAGGAACUGUUUCGGCGUUAUGGAGAUGAAGAUGAUGCACCUUCACCACCCGAGCUACCGGAAUGGUGCGUUGAUGAAGAUGAUGAUGAGGAGGAUGAUAACGGUAAAAUCGGAGGCCAAGAAUCAGAACCUGGGUCAUCAGGCUCUUCUUUUGGCAAAAGAAGAAAAGAACGCCUAAAACUGGGUGCAAUUUUCUUGGAAGGAGUAACAGUUAAAUCUGUGACCCAGGUGACAACGCAACCAAAGUUAGGAGGGAUACAGCAAAAAUGUCAACAGUUCUGUGGAUGGGAAGGGUCUGGAUUCCCUGGAGCACAGCCUGUUUCUAUGGACAAGCAAAAUAUUAAAUUUUUAGAGCAGAAGCCAUACAAAGUUAGCUGGAAAGCAGAUGGCACUCGGUACAUGAUGCUGAUUGAUGGCAAAAAUGAAGUUUACAUGAUUGAUAGAGAUAACUCAAUUUUUCAUGUAUCUAAUUUGGAAUUUCCAUUUCGUAAAGAUCUACGCAGUCAUCUAGCAAAUACUCUUCUAGAUGGGGAAAUGAUCAUCGACAAAGUUAAUGGGCAGAUUGUCCCUCGGUACUUAAUAUAUGACAUUAUUAAAUUUAACGGGCAGCCAGUUGGAGAUUGUGAUUUUAGUGUUCGGCUUUCAUGUAUAGAGAAAGAGAUUAUAUUUCCCCGGCAUGAAAAGAUGAAGUCUGGUCUUAUUGACAAAGCACAGGAGCCAUUCAGUGUUCGAAACAAACCGUUUUUUGACAUCUCCAAUGCAAGAAAGGUAAACUCGAUUCAGGUUGUUUCUUAUGUUGUGGUGCUGAAGGCAGUAGUGCUGUCUUGA